GAGGCUGAACGCUCCUUUCUGUGCCCCCAGCCAUGGAUAGGAAGCAGGAGCAAGCGGAGAAGGCCAGGCCCUACGGCCUGCUGAAACCCRCCGCUUUGGGCAAGAUCCCGGGCAGAUUCCGGCUCCAUCAGGAAGCGCUGCCCAGCCUGCCCGUGCCACCGCUCCAGCAGACCCUGGACCGGUACCUGCAGGCUCUGCAGCCCAUCAUCAGCGAGGAGGAAUGGAACCAYACACAGGAGCUGGUGAAGGAAUUCCGCAAACCGGGAGGCGUUGGCGAGAGGCUGCAGAAGGGCCUGGAGAGGAGAGCCAGGAAAACGGAGAACUGGCUCUCCGAGUGGUGGCUCAAGACGGCUUACCUGGAGUAUCGCCUGCCCGUUGUGGUUCACUCCAGCCCAGGCGUGGUUUUACCCAAGCAGGACUUUCUGGAUCGGCAAGGGCAGCUCAGGUUUGCUGCCAAGCUAAUCGAGGGCGUUCUGGAUUUCAAGACAAUGAUUGACAAUGAAACCCUUCCAGUGGAGUACCUGGGUGGGAAACCCCUCUGCAUGAACCAGUACUACCAGAUCCUGUCAUCGUGCCGCAUUCCSGGGCCCAAGCGGGACUCCAUUGUCAACUACGCCAAAGGAAAAAAGCAGUCCAGGCACAUCACGGUGGUCCACAACUUCCAGUUCUUCGAGUUGGAUGUUUACAACAGCGACGGAAGCCCCCUUACCACUGACCAGCUCUUCAUUCAGCUGGAAAAGAUCUGGAACACCUCCCUCCAAACCAACAAAGAGCCCAUUGGGAUCCUCACCACCAACCACCGAAACAGCUGGGCAAAAGCCUACAACAACCUUCUCAAAGAUAAGACCAACAAGGAAUCUGUGCGUACAAUAGAGAAGAGCAUUUUUACAGUCUGCCUUGACGCCCCAAUGCCCCGGGUGUCUGAUGACAUCUACAAGAGCCGCGUGGCCGCUCAGAUGCUGCACGGAGGAGGAAGUCGCUGGAACAGYGGGAACCGCUGGUUUGACAAAACCCUUCAGUUCAUCAUAGCUGAAGAUGGUUCCUGUGGUCUUGUCUACGAGCACGCUCCCUCUGAGGGCCCACCCAUUGUGGCUCUUCUGGAUCACGUUGUGGAGUACACGAAGAAGCCGGAGCUGAUAAGAUCACCAAUGAUUCCUUUGCCGAUGCCCAAGAAGCUGCGGUUUAACAUCACUCCAGAAAUCAAGACUGACAUAGAGAAGGCAAAGCAGAACCUCAACAUAAUGGUCCAAGAUCUGGAUGUGAAAGUCAUGGUCUUUCAUCAAUUUGGGAAAAACUUCCCUAAAUCAGAGAAGAUAAGUCCUGAUGCUUUCAUCCAGCAGGCCUUGCAGCUAGCAUAUUACAGGAUGUACGGCCAUUCCUGUGCCACGUAUGAGAGCGCUUCGCUGCGGAUGUUCCGCCUGGGCCGCACGGACACCAUCCGCUCCGCUUCCGUGGACUCCCUUAAGUUUGUGCAGGCCAUGGACAAGCCUGACAAAUCGGACCAGGAGAAAGUUGACUUGCUGAAGAGAGCUACCCAGGCCCACAGGGAAUACACUGAUAUGGCAAUAAGGGGGAACGCAAUAGACCGCCACCUCCUCGGCUUGAAGCUUCAGGCUAUUGAAGACCUAGUGAGCAUUCCCGAGCUCUUCAUGGACACGGCCUACGCUGUGGCGAUGCACUUUAAUCUCUCAACCAGUCAGGUCCCAGCAAAGACAGACUGCGUGAUGUGUUUUGGUCCUGUGGUUCCAGACGGCUACGGAGUCUGUUACAACCCCAUGGCAGAUCACAUCAACUUUGCAAUUUCAGCAUUCAACAGCUGUGCUGAAACGAACGCCGCGCGCAUGGCCCAUUACCUCGAGAAAGCACUGCUGGACAUGAGGGUUUUGCUCCAGUCUACCCCCAAAUCCAAACUGUAAGAGGCAAACAGGAUGCAAAAGCUCUAAAGGGGCAUUCUCGCACGCACUGAAGUUCCCAGUUCCUCAGAAAACAGCUGGGAGGACUGCUUGCUCAACAAGAUACUAGCAGAGCAUCUCCCAUUUUUUUUCAGCAAGAGCUUAUAGAAGAGCUAUCCGUAAGUAUUAGACUGUGCAGCAACAGGAAACACUGUCUUAAUCCGAGGUGGAAGUGACUGGUCCUCUCCUGUCACUGCAAAGUGCACCUUUCCGUCCUCAGAGAGGACCAAAACACGAUUGUUUUAUGGAUCUUACUGUAAAGGAAUAUAGAAAGCACAGUACUUACCAGGAUUUAAGUCCAUUUGGUGAGGARAGUAGUUCUUCUCCAGAAAGAGCAGGGAAUGAUGCUUAUUAUAUGAUGGAACUACUACACAAGUAAGACUUUUUUGCUGGUUUAGACUUUUGACGAGUCUGCAGAAUCUUUCAAGCUUCACUAGAGAAUUUUCUGCUACUCCAGCAACUGAACUUUGGCGAGAGGAAAGAGAAGCUCUCAAAACCAGAGCAGAUUCAGUUUUGUUAGGAAGCACUGCACUAUUUUCCCCAGGUCCCUGACCGUUCCCUGCUUUACAGGUGUGUGACCUCCCUUUGUUGCACUGCCCCUACCAAUGACAGAAUAUCACCACUAUAAGUUAAGGUUUUGUUUUCAUUUGGGCUUUUCUGUUAAGCAUGUUGCUGUGGUCCUUACUACUGUUCUUCAGGCUCAGAGUGAAACUUUGCCUCCUUUCCCUCACAAAGCUUCCACACAGCAUCUCUCACACGGGUUUGGGCAGCUCCAGCUUUAUGUACUUAAAUGUUUGUGGAGGUAAGAAGGGCUUAGACCUCUCUAACAAGACUGUAUCCAGCUCACCUCAUUGCACCUGUCUUUGGAAAGGGGGAAGAGAGGCAGGACACUGACCUUCUGUUUAUGGAAGACACAUGGAUGUCUCCUUCACACCACACAUCUUAAUCUAUAAUGUAAUUUUACACCUUGCUGUAAGGGGCAACAUCUUUUUGCAUAACAUGUUAUGCUUAAGUGUGCAGAACACUGAGUGUUUCUGAGCAGGAGGCUCCAGAACACGCUGCCAUUUCUGGCCCACACAGYUCAAAGCCAUUGGAGCCAAAGGAAAAACAGCUGCACAGUCACUUUCCUCCUGCAUCGUUCUGCUUUAACAAGGCARAAGAUCUUGAAAAGUAGGAAUUAAGCUGAGAACUAGCGGACAGCACAGAUGUUUGUUCACAGCAGCAGUCAUUGUUCUGGCAGCAACAGCCCAGCACUUUUUCUGCCACUUGAUUUUUUUUUUUCCUUGUUGUAAUAUUACUCAGAUUUGUGCUAGUUCUAUUCUGUUAAAGAUACAGAUCCCAUGACAGUGGUUUUAUGUUGGGUUGACAAACUUGAGUUUUUUUUUUAUAUAUACAUAUGCAUGGGCAUAUUUUACACUUCUGGCAUUGGAAGUAGUGCUUACAAAAAUCUAAAUCUGGCAGAAUUCAAGCUCCCAACUAUCCUUUUAUAUAACAGUACAUAAAACCAUAUGGGAGUGAAGAAAUCUAGUGCUAUUUCUGCAACAGGGAUUUAAUAUUUAAUUGCAUGCACUUAAAGGUAUGGCUGCUGAGACAUCCCCAUAGACAAGCAGCAGUUGGGGGUUUACAGCCUGUUUUGUUACAGGGAAAUAGCUGAUCCUGUCUGCCACUUUUCUGGUCAUAGACCAGCACAGGACAUUGACAAAGUGCCUUGGCAAAUGUAUGUUUAAAAAAGAAAAAAAAAAGAAAAAAAAACUUGCACAAAGUCUUUUUAAAGAAAAAAGAAUCAGUCUAAUCUGCUUCUUGAGUAAUUCAAAGCUUUUAUGUGUUUGGGGUUUUUAGAAGGGUGUUACUUCAAAGCUUUUAUCUUAUACCUAAAUAAACCUUUAAAAAGGAAAAUUUAACAAACUCACCUGCACAGCCAGUGAUUGUAUGAACUGCCACUUUCACAUCAUCUACAUGGAUUUAGAUUUUGUUGAUUUUGUAGAGGAAUCCUGAAUGGAGGAAGAGUCUAAAGGCAAUGGGAGUACUCUGAGCCUGGGAGCAGAUGUUGCUGCUGACUCUUCCACUGUGAAUUAGACUGGAACUACAAACAGGAUACUCAGUAUUACCAAGAUUGAAGUGAUUAUGUUAACACAACAUAAUAGACUAUACCUUGCUGGAAUAAAACCUGAUUUUAGGAGACCUUUUACUCUUGAGGAAAAAAAAUGUUUUUCUUUGGUGAAAUAAUCUUCCUCACUCACCUGAGACAACCUGUGUACUGGGGAAUAAGUUAUUUUUCCCUGUCCACAGUGCCUUCAACCACUGAUACUACAGUAUUGCCACAGGAGUAUAGGCCCUUUCCUAUUUUCUGCCUCAAAGGGGAAGCCUCUCAGAGGAAGGUGCCUAUUCAAGAUUAAGCAGCUGUGUGCUCUGCUGCAAAUGCUUCUCUGAAGAGUGUUUGAUAGAGAUUUAACUCAAAAUCUGGAUAUCCCACUAGCUUUGGCACCGUGCAGCUGUAAACAGCACAGCAUCCCCCUGAAAGACACACAAUUCUUAAAUCRUUUUGUG